CCAAAGAUCAACAGCGUAUUUUCUUCCAUUUUUUCUUCUUUGUUGGGCUCGAUUUUUAUCUAUAAAUACCAACUAGGGGGAAAUGUUCCCACCAAAACUUGGCCAUGAUGUCCGUACGUCUGUUGCUGUUGGCACUAGCGGCCCACGCCUGCCACGGGGUCACCGUGCAGAUCACGAACCACUGGAACGGGGGGUUCCAGGGCGAGGUGUGCAUCCCGAUCACCAUCGAGCUCAACGGGUGGAAGGCGCAUCUCCUGUUCAGCCUGGACGUCGACAGCGUCGAGGUGUGGGCGGCCACGGCCACCAAGGUCACCCCCAGGGAGUUCGUCCUCCAGAACAAGGACUACAACGCCAUCGCCCACGUGGGCGAGCGGCUGUGCUUCACGUUCCUGGGCCACGGCACGGGGGACAUCGUCCCCGAGACCACCGUGUACAUCGAGGGCAUGGAGGACGGUCCGGGGGUCACCAACCCGACCACCCGGCCCCCCACGGCCCCGCCCAAUACCGGGAGUGGGACGGGCAAGAAAGAUUACGCCUCCGCUCUGGCGAAGUCGAUUCAAUUCUACUACGCGCAGAGGUAAAGAAGAACAUAUUACAUGUGUAGGCCUCCAUAUUGUAUUAUAUAAGCUCAUAACAAACUCUAUAUUGCAUUAUAUAAGCUCAUAUAAAAAACAGUGGUCAACUUUAAAAAAAAAAAUUUUAAAUGCCAAAGUGUCUCUGUAGGACAUUUUUUAAUGGGCAGCGUACCCCCACGGGUGGGUAAUUUAAGGAUUAUGGAGUGUGGGCACCUUUAGUAUCUAGGGGGUCUCUAUUUUUAUUUCAUAAUGGGGUACUUUUAGUAUGUGUGGGGAAAAGGGGGCGGGGUGUCUUUAUUUUUAUUUCAAAAGGAGUCUGGAGGCAAUGUUAGAAAUGACGGCUUUUGAAGUGGGUCAAAAUACGUUUUGGAAACAUGGAUUUAGGAAGUUCAAUUUAUAUAUUUUUUUGCCCUCAAAACCAAACUACACUAGACUUAUAAAUAUCCCUUAAUAUUUAUACGAUGUUUAUCGGAAAUGGGAUAUGUUAUUUUAAGUGCUUCUGAGUUUAAUUGAAUUUUAAAUGUCUGCUUUGUAAAUGACUCCAUCAUUUCCAUGCGAUCAGUUGUUAAAAAGUUCAUUUAGAUAAUCGUGUAUUUCAUUUUAAAUGAAUUAUCAAAGGUGUUUAAUAUCCUUUCAUUUUGUGUCCUUUUAAUUAGUCUUAAUCUGAAGCAAAAAAAUUAUUUUUCUUUGUUUGGUUUAAUUUUGGUGUCUUUCGAGUUAUCCGCAAGAAACAUUUUAAAAUAAUAAAGUCUAUGUUUACUUUAAAAUAUUAAAGUCUAUGCUGACUAAUAAAUUCUAUACAAGCGUUAAAAAUAGAUGCAUUCUUUUUUGUUAAAUUUCAAACUAAUUUUGUUCUUGUUAAAGACGAGGCUAAAAAUUAGAAACUAAAGCAAACGAAGAUACUCAUUGUCCGGGCUAGAUGUUUUAUAACCAAAUAAAUUUUAACUACAGAAAAAAAAGAAAGAGAAUUAGCCUUCCGUUUUGUUCUCCCUUAUCCUAUUUUGAUAAGUCUAGAUCAAAAGUUUUGUGAGACAGGAAUAGAGAAUAUCCCUUUGGCUUCAAAUUGUAAAGCUAGGUGUUUUUUCGUUGUUUUUUUUAUUAUUUUUUAAUUAUUUUUUAUUUAUUUUUAAAAAAAAAAGUAUUUCAUUAUUCUUUUUAUAACACACACACACACACACACACACACACACACACACACACACACACCACACACACACACACAGAUCAGGAAAAUUGCCCGCCGAUAACCCCAUCCCAUGGAGGGGCGAUUCCGCCCUUGACGACUGCGUGCCUGGAGGGUGGUACGACGCCGGCGACCACGUCAAGUUUGGCCUACCCAUGGCGUCAACGACAACCGUGUUGGUCUGGUCUUUACUCAGGUAAAAAAAAAACACACAUCAGACGUGGUAACUGUUUGCUCGAGUCUCCCCAUUACAGCCAAAAGUAUGCUGGAGAAGUUGAAGUUUGGUCAUUUAUAUGUUUUUAUUCUAAUAGAGAAUUGAAGUUGUUUUUUGUUGUUGUUGUUUUUUAAUAAAGAGAGCCCGUGCUCCCCCCAGCCCCCCCCCCCCCCCCCCCCCCCCCUCUUUUUCCCCCCCCCCCCCCCCCCUCCCCAGCCCCCCCCCCCCCACUCUACCACACUAUUUUAUCCCUGCCCCCAGCCUCCAUGUUGACUUUAACGUCAAAUAUCUACAACUGGCUUUCAUUUUUUUUUUAUACAUUUAAGAUAACUAGAAGCUGAUUUCAGUAUUUUCAUCGUGUUUUUAAUGAUAAAUUCGACUGGUGUUUAUUACAUACUAUUGGUAAAUUGUUACAUUUAAAUGCAAUAACUUUUAUUACACUGUCCUAUAAAGCAAUUCAAUAAAGUAUAUAACUAAUCUACAUUAAAAAAAUGUGCAUUAUGUUACUGCAUUAGUGCACGUCAAGAAGUAACUACAUAAUGUCGGACGGGUCUAAAAAUAAUCUGUUAUCUUGGUCCUUCUAAGACUGCUACGGAUAUUCUCAAACCUUGAAAAAUGUAACUCUAUACUACUCUAAAGAUACCUCAUGUUUUUUGUUUUUUUUUAAAGUGGUUCAUAGAACUGUAAUGUUUCAGUAACCUAACCAUCUUACCGGUAUCUUGUACCGAUGGACAGACAGAUUCAUAGACAUGAAAUUUUUCCAAGAGUUUACAAGACUUAAAUCCCCCUUUAAUUACAUCGUAUAUUUUAGGUGUGCUAUUCAACAUCAAAACCUUCCACAAUUCUACAUUUAAUUAUCUGACACUAACCACCUCAGUCUAAUGAACUGUUGAUAAGACCGCAAUAUUCAACCCGGAGGUCACAAACUACAAAAUGUUGUGAGCAGUGCAAGUAGCAGGUGGCACCGAACUUCCCAAUAAACACAAUACUAUUUCAUUGUGGAAAAACUGUGAGAUAAGAAACUGUAAACGAGUCCUUGGAAGAACACUGCGCAGCUGACAUAAUGCAGUUUCUAAAUAGUAUCAGGAAUGAAUGGGUUUAAAAUGAUUAACGCUGGCGAUAAUCUUCUUGACGCGUGUGCAUUCUUAUUUUGAGAUGAUGUAUACAUGAACUGCGAAUUCCAUGAGGAAGCUUAAUUAUUUAUGACAACGGAUAUCCCACUAAAGCCCUCUAUUGGCUCUGAUCAGCAACCCCAAAUGCUUGCUUAUUAUAUUAUUCAUAAACCUUACAAUUUUAGCACAUGAGAAAAACAAUAAUAUUUCAACGAGUCGAAAGUAUAUUUUAAGAGUAAUUGUGGGAAAACUUAAGAGCACCUUUAACCUUUUUUGGUGUGAUAAUUUGUACGUAAUUUUUCAUUUAAGUUUUGUGUUAUUUAACAAUUACAAUAUUAACUUAACCAAUGACUACCACAAUAUAAACUUAAACAAUGAUCUACUAUAAUAUGAAAUUAACCAAUGAACUAAUACAAUAUAAACUUAACCAAUGACCUACUACAAUAUUAACUUAACGAAAGACUUACUAAAAUAUAAACUUAACCAAAGACCUACUAUAAUAUAAACUUAACAAUGACCUACUGCAAUAUAAACUUAACACGUGACCUACUAUAAAACAAAAUGUACCAAUGACCUACUUUUCUCCACAAAGGUUCAAAGACGGCUACGUCAAGGCCGACCAGCUGGACGCCAUGUAUGACACCGUGAAGUGGCCCCUGGAUUACUUCCUCAGGGCCUGGAACCCACAAGCUCAACAGCUGGUCGUUCAGGUCGGCGACGCCGAUGCUGACCACUCGUUCUGGGGACGCCCUGAGGACAUGAACAUGGCCAGACCUUGUCAAACCGUUAGUGCUUCCCACAAGGUGUGUAUACAGUGCUCACAUGAACAUGGCCAGACCUUGUCAAACCGUUAGUGCUUCACACAAGGUGUGUAUACAGUGCUGACAUGUCCAUGGCCAGACCUUGUCAAACUGUGUGCAUACCGUACUGCGUAGUAUCUGCCUGACUGCACAAUUCAUCAGCUCUCACAAGAUGUGUGUACAAUUAUCCGAACCCCUCGAUCACACGAAUUCUAAAUUUGUGAUAGUUUCUUCCAUCAUGAGUUAGGCAGUUUAUUUUCCCCAUUUCUAUUAAACGAAAUUUGAAGACAUUUUUUGUAAAUAAGAUCGUGUGGUUUCUGAUUUUUAUGUAGCUUCGACGCGAUGAUAAUGUAUGUGUCUUUGCGUCUUGAGAGACUUGCAAAAGGUAUUUUGUCGCUGCGUUAUACGAUAAAAUAAAAUUACUAAUGUAAUUAAAUAACAAUUGUGUUUAGCUAGCAUACAACGAUUCAGCACUUGCGAAAGAAUAUUAGUGAAAUUUUCAAAGACGGUUUGGUUCACCCCCUAAAAAUGAUGAGAAGUUAUUUAUUUAAAAAUUGGUUGCUCUCUAAAUUCAAAUUAUUUCAAUAAUUAUUGUAUACAAUAUUUAAUAGGGUUUGUCAUUUAUACGACCGAUCACGUCUUAUCACAUGACGUCACGUUACUAUUUGUAGACACGUUUUUCGUAAAGCGUGGCUGCUAACAAUGUAUUUCAGCAUAUAUAUGGCAGUAACAGUUGGUUGAUAGAAUAUUUCAUAAAAUAAAGUUGUAAAUAAGUUUUAGUCCAGGUGAUGAGCCACUGUAAAGACAGCUGUAAACAGAUUGAGCAAACGGUCUACCCGGAUAUUUUAUUAAUAUCUUUCCUCCAUUUCAUGAGAUCGGCUAAACUAAAUGGCCGGAUUUUCUUUUUUUAGAUUUCCACCAUUAAAUGACAAACCCUUUUUGGACCCGUCGAUGGAGAAGAAAUUAAAUAAAUUUGAAACUGUGUGAGUGUAUAUCAAAUAUAUAUAUUUUUAAAAAAAAAUUAUUGCUGUAAUGCUAAAUGAAUAAAGCAUAUUCCUAUGCAACAGGGCAGCGAUGUUGCCGCUGAGACUGCUGCAGCACUCGCUGCUGGAGCCGUGGCCUUCAAAGACAAAGGAGACACCGUCUACAGCGCCAGACUCCUCACUGCUGCCGAGGGCUUGUAUUCCUUUGCCAAGUCAAACCGGUAAGUGUAUUUACAAAUUAUCGAAAAUUUUAUCUACAGGAAAUAACUAGACUAAGUAAUUUACAUAUAUUUUUGUAGUGGUUUUAAGAAAAAAAAAAAAAAUUGUCUAUAAAAUUAUUUCAAUAUUUAAAAUCGUCACGAAAAAUUUCUUUCAAAUCUUUUUUUUUUUUUAACAUAAAAAAAAGCUUUAAACGUUCAAGAAUAAGGAUUUGCACGUCUGAUAAAUGUCUACCACAAACGUGUUUCAUUUAAUAUUUAAAAUAAUUUUUUCGUUCCUUGCAACGUGGUUCAUUCAGCAUGGGCUAAGAAAAUGGGUUCUUGGUUUCUUUAUAACUCAUUUGACAUAUUUCAAUAUUAUGAAUAUUUAAAAAAAUUAAUGUAAAAUAUCCAAAAAAUCGAUCCAAUCCUUACGACAACAAAGAGAUCAUUACUGUUUUAUUCCCGCCGUUAUCAGAGGACUGUUUCACGGCGCUGUCCCGUUCUACGCGUCCAGCGGCGACAGAGACGAACUGUGCAUCGCCAGCGCCUGGCUGUACCGCGCCACCAGAAACAACCAGUACCUCAGUGACGCCCAAGGGUUUGUUGAUAACGGCUGGGCCUGGGCGUUCAGCUGGGAUGACAAGAAAGGUUUGUUCCAUUUCGUUGUUGUUGUGUAAAUUCGAGGGGGUAUAAAACAAACACGUUUGUUUCAAUACUUACGGGUGAAUCUAUUGUAAAACUUUUGAUUUGAAAACUAACAAGAAGAUGUUUUGUAUACACAAAAUAAGUUUAGAUUUUUUAGAUAAUAUCUAACAAAUAAAUCUAAAUCGAAUCAUUAAUAAAUUUAAUGCAUUAUGUAAUUAUUCUUUUUAUUCGUUUAAAUUAUUAUUAUUAUUGGGAUAAAUUCCUAAUAGGGAUUUUUCUUGCUGAACAUGUUUUUAUCCACACAAAAAAGUAAUAAGUUACGGGCGUAGGAAGGAUGGUGCGAUGUGUGGGUUCCACCCAGGGUGGCAUUUUUUAUGUAUUGAGGGGCAUCAUUUUCGCCUCCCUGCAUAUAUUAUUUUUGCGAGGAAGGAGAGGCGGACUUCAUGGCCCACCCCUUGGGGCACUAGCACUAGCUACGUCCCUAGACUAAGGCUCGACAAACUGACGGAACUCAUAGACCACCCUUGAUAAAACGAACCCUAUUUUACCAGCUAAAUGAUGUGCUUUAUUGCCAGACCUAUUCACCUCUUAAAAGGACUUUUCACCAUCAAAUUAGUGACCCGACCCUAUCUUACGAACUAUAAGACGCACUUUUUUCUUAGAGAAAUUUCCUCCUAAAUUCAGAUGCGUCUUAUGCUCGAAAUUAAUAUACAAAUGGUAGAACUGGUUUUUUAAAUUUAAUUUUUUUUAAAUUUUUUAAUUGUUUAAAAAUUAAGGUGCGUCUUAUAGUCCGUAAAAUAAGUUAAGUUUAAAAAGACUACCAUAAUAAAACUCUGUUAGAGAACCACUGACUCGGAGAUGUCUUGUGUUUAAAUUGAUUUUGUCUUAAACUCGUCUUCUUAUCGUGAUUUUAUUGCUUGCCAGUUCCCGUCUCUAUUACAAAUACAUAGCCUAGAUAAGCUCACUAAUUCAUCUCAUCUUCCUCUCAUCACAGUGAAACACUUAAAUUGCUUAAGUAAACUGAAUAAUCCUUUUAAUUUUUCUCCGUUGACAGUGGCUUGCCAACUCCUAAUGUACGAGGAGUCUCACAGCGCAAAUUACCGAGAUUCCGUGGUGGGGUUCCUGGAGUCAUGGAUGCCCAAUGGAGGAAUCACCUACACACCGUGUGGCCUGGCCUGGAGAGACAAAUGGGGGGCCAACAGGUUCGCAACUCCUAUAACUGUCCACAAUCAUUUACCUUUAGAAAAAAGUCUCCGUUAAAAUACUUCUUUGUCCUUACACAAACUAGAACUCAGUCACACUUCCCCCUUUUUUUUUCUUUUAAUAAAUGUUUAGUACUAGAAUUAAUCAUCGCGCAGCCAAAAUAUCUUACGUAGCAUGAUGUUCCAAGAAAACAUAUUAUCUCUAAUUAUAUCAUAUUCUUUUUUAGAUGUUUGAUUUUAAUCUUAAUUCGUUCAAAAUAUUUCCUCCAGGUACGCAGGUAACGCAGCAUUCCUGGCUCUGCUGGCCUCCGAGGCCGGCAUCCACACGUCCAAGUACCGCACCUGGGGCGUUGAACAGAUCAACUACAUCCUCGGGGACAACAGACACGCCGGCGGAUGCUUCAGCUACCAAAUCGGCUACGGCAGCAAAUACCCGACCCAGCCCCACCACAGGGCGGCGUCUUGCCCGGACAAACCCGCGCCCUGCUCCGACGCGCAGCUCACGGAUUCCGGUCCGAGCCCCCAGACCCUCGUCGGUGCCAUCGUUGGUGGACCCGAGGCGUCCGAUUACUACUUCGACGACCGGGAGGACUACAUCCUGAACGAGGUCGCCACGGACUACAACUCUGGGUUCCAGGGUGCUCUGGCCGCGAUCGUUCAUCUCGAGGUUACGAAUAACUUCCCGACGACUAACAACAAAUGCCCUUGCCAAACUAGAAGUUAACAUUUAAAAAAAAAAGAUUUUUUUGUGUGUACAACACUGAAAUGUAAAAAUACAGAAUAACAAAAAUAACUUUGUACAUCUGAGAAUCAUAUGAACUGUUGUAAAUUAGUUUACAGAUGUGUGAUGUAAAUGAAGUUU